GAGGAGGGCGGAGUGCCGCAGUCGCGGAGGGAGCGGCGCGCGCGCCGAUCGCGUACAACUGCGCGCGCGCACACUCUUGCCAGGGGCCGUCCGCUGUUCUUUGUUUACUUCGGUGUUACUAAUGUCGCGUCGCCUCGUAAACCAAACACAAAUAUGUGACCAAGAUAGAAUAAUAAAAUAGCUCUUUGUUUUAAAAUCAGCUGUUUGUGUUCUUGAGAGGCUUUGUGAAACAUGGAUGAGGAAGAAUCGAAAGGCCUGACGAAGGCGAAUGGAGUGAAAGUGGUUACAGAAGGAUCGGGCGCUCCUAAAUCUGAAGACGGCAGAGGGGAGGAUGCGGGGGCGGGGCUGCUGGAGAGCGAGCAGCAGCGGAAGGAGCGCUGGCGCAGCGUGUAUGUGAUAUAUUUCACCAUGUUCCAGAUGUCGCUGGGCUUCAGCAUCGUCCUCACCGGCGUCUGGCCGUAUCUCGACAAGCUAGAGCCCGGCGCGAAGAAGGAAGUGCUGGGGCUAGCAGUGGGCGCCAAUCCCCUGGGACAGCUGCUGUUUUCACCGCUGCUGGGGCUGUGGGCCAACCGCGCGGGGUCUGCGCGUGCGCCGCUGCUGGCCACUCUCGCGCUGUUCGUGCUCGCCAGCACGCUUUACGCGCAACUGCAUCUCACACGACCCUACGCCAAGUACUGGAUGCUUCUCGCGAGGUUUCUCGUCGGUGUUAGCUCAGCCAACAUCGCAGUGGCGCGGUCCUACCUGUCGUCAGCCACGCUGGUGUCGGAGCGCACGCGCGCCGUGGCCUGGGUGUCGCUGGCGCAGGUGCUGGGCUUCGUGGUGGGGCCGGCGCUGCAGGCCGCCGCAGCCCCGCUCGGGCCGGGGCCCCCCUACCCUCCCCCCGGCGACCUCUCCUCCCCGCUCCGCCUGGACAUGUACACCGCGGCAGGCUGGAUCAAUGCAGUUUUCGGGAUCGUCAAUUUCGUGCUGUUCUUACCGUGGUUCUUCAAGGAGAGGCCCAUCGCUGCCAGGGAGGCCAUGGUGGCACAGGGAAAAGAUUCAGAGAAAGAAGCACUGAAAGCACUCAAGCCGGACUUAAUCAGCAGCUGGACGUUGGUGCUGGCGUUCUUCGUGUUGGUGUUCAACUUCGUGCUGUUGGAGACGCUCGCCACCAGCCUCACCAUGGACCAGUUCGCGUGGAGCAAGCGCCAGGCGCUGGAGUACAUGGGCGCGCUCAUGAGCGGCGGGGCAGUCGUCGCCUGCGUCACUUUCGCGCUCAUCUCGCCGCUCACCAAAUUCUUUGAAGAAAGAGCGCUACUGCUCUGGGGCGGUUUCCUAUUAACUGGUGUGGCAUCACUACUGUGCAUUCCAUGGGGCCCGGGCGGGCCGCCGCUGGCGCCGCCGGACGCCGCGGAGGCCGGCGGCGGCUGCCCGGCGGCCGCGCAGCCGUGGUGCGAGACCACGCGCGGGCUGACGCUCACGCAGUUCUUGCUCGGCUACGCUAGCGUCUCCGUGGGGUAUUCGCUCGGCGUCACGCUCAUACAGACCAUCUUCUCCAAAGUGCUGGGUCCUAGGCCGCAGGGCGUGUGGAUGGGCGUGCUGACGGGCGCGGGCUGCGUGUCGCGCGCGCUGGGCCCGGUGUUCGUGGCGGCGGUGUACGCGCGGCGCGGGCCGGCCGCCACCUUCAGCUGCACGGCGGCGCUGACCUUCCUCGCGCUGGCGGCGCUGCGGGCGGUGUACGGCCGCCUGCAGCCGCCGCCGCUGGCGCCGCCCGCAGCGGAGCUCCGGCCGCUGAGCCGCCCGCCGGACGAAGCGGCCACAGAUUUGGUCGCGUAGCACGCACGGGAGUGUCGCUUUUGUCCAGGCACUACGGCGACGUGGUUGAAUAGUUGUAAUGGAGUAUAACGCGGCCAAACCUGAGUUCACCUAUGGUACUGUGAUAAGGAGGCGAUUACUCCUACUAUAUAAGGUUGUAUAUAUGGAAGAUUCCGAAGUCCCUCGUUACAGUAUUUUACCAAUAUACAAUACAGGGUAGAGAAGUCACGUGACAGGGUUUUUACAGAUAAAUCUUGUAGAUUGCGCAUAGGCAUAGGUCUUAAACUUGCGGCAGGUGCGCCGUAGGAAAGUACCCCCUAGGUGAUUCGACGGCCUUAAGUUGAUGCUGUUGUUGUAUAAUCACUCCCAGCCGGUCUUCAGAAUAAUAAUAAUAUAUUUUUGGUAAUAAUAUGGCAGGUCUAUUUACAGCAAAGCAGUCUCAGGUUAAAUAUGUAUAAAAUUUCUAUCAUUAUAAUUCUUCAUGAACUGUCGCGUUUUAUCAAAAUUUAUAGACUAUAAAAAUAUUUUGCAUUCAUUCAAUAUCGCGAUCAAUUUCGUUACGAAAUAGACUUGAAUGGGCCGUAUUAAGGUUUUAAUUACCUAGAUUAUGUUAAGUUAAUGUUUGAAAAAAAAUACCUGAAUAUAAACUGGUGUAGGUUAGAUUUUUAUUUGUGGUUAAGUUGUAAAUUAAUGUACAUAGUUAAUUUCGAUUUAAGGUUAAUGAGAUGCCUACCAUUUUGCCUCGUUACCUACACUAUUGUUAGGCGAACGAGUAUUAACAUUAACAUUUUUGCACUGAAAUGAUUUGCCAUAGUUUUUACAAUUAUUUUAUAGGGUAUGGAACUGUUAUCUCUUUCUUAUUGUUUGAAGCUUCGUUAUAGAAAAUCUUAUUCAUAAAUGUAUGCUCAAACAAGCACAGUAAAUGACUAAAGUGCUCAAUACAAUGUGUUAUAAAUAAAUGUGACUUUAAAAUCCUUGUUAGAUGUAUUGUAUAUACGUAUUUUCUUAUUGUUCCGAUAAGGUAACUGUAAGAAUUAGAUAAAAUGCGUCGUUGGUUGACAAUGAAACGAUAAGUAAGUAUAGGUAUUUAGUGUUUAAUGACUGCAAUUUAGUUUAAGUAGUGUUCCGGAUGUGAUAACAAUGUGACAACUGAGUUAUUAUUGUAAGAACAGAUGUUUAUAUACAUAAACCUAUUUGAUUGAUCGUGCCAUGGCGGCAGCGGAUGCAUGUUCUUAUCAUAUUUAUAACACGAUUUGGUACCCCACUGCGAAUCACUUAUGUAUAUAAGCGUGCGUUAUUAUAACGCUUUAUUAAACGACUUAACAAAUUAUUUCAAAGUUUAGUUGACGAGCGUACUACAAUCAAUAUAAUAAGCCACAUAAGGAAGUUUCAAAUAUGCAUAAUUUCUGUUACAAUCGGCUAGUUAGGGCUGGUCUGAGCUGAGUACCUGUCUGUACAUACGUAUUUAUAUUAAUAUAGUUUAUGAUGUUAUGUAUGGAUUAUUGUAAUGUUGGAAGCUAGCCGUUGUGUUCAAUUCAAAGUUAAACGUUUUGUUUACACUUUUGAAACUAUUUGCGAAAAAUAAUACUUAAAAAAGUUAAAUAUAUUUACGUGUCAUGUUGGUCCUAGGGGUAGGUGUUUUAUUUACGUGCAAUGAAUUACUAUUUUUAUAUUUGGUAGCUAAUUAUAUAUGUUUACAUCCAUAGAAAGUUGCAAUGUGUUAUGAGUAAGGAGGACUGGGUCACGCAGCCAUGUUUACGAGCCCUGAAAAUGUUACAACUCUCUUCAGGGUUCCUGAUAGAUUCUUAAUAAUAUAUCGUCAACGGGAAGCCGAAAAGUAUUUCAUCCAGUCCUGUUGGUGGAAUGUGAAGACAUGUUUGUACAGAGUUUUAAAUAAAUGACGGUUUUACAAAA